AUGCUUGUAGGUCGCAAUCCUACCCGGGGCGCCUUUCGUGCCAGGGAUGAACGCGGCUAUGGUGUACGGCGCCGCCCCGUGGCUGAGAGCGAACUUGGAAAUGCCCGGAAUGCCCAGCUUUGCGCAGGGCGGCUCGCCGAGCUUAUCUCCCUCGAAGAAGUGGAUGGUGUUGGUGACCGAUCUCGCAGCAAUCGCUUCGUCAUCGCUCCACUGAAUGCUGGGCCAAACUCCAAUAUGAAAGAGCUUCUGAUGGAAAGCGGCGACUCUCUCUCCGGACCGGACCUGAUAAACGACGAGAUUAGGCACGGACACACCGAUGACGGGGCGCGACCAGGUGAGCAAGUACGAGCCGAGCGGAGAAAAAGUUGCAAAGUUGAUUUUGAGCGGGGUGUGCGGAUCGUUGAGUCCGCCACACGAGGCGAUCUGUUCGCCAGUCGUGGCGUCGCGGAUGACGGCGGCGAGGUGUGCUCCUUCGAUGGAGACAAAGACGUCGCCGGUGGGGGAGAAGUCAGCCUCGCGGGCUUCAGGCAGCGACUCGCCCUGACCCUCGGUGCCCACGGUGUAUGGGAACGGGGUUACGUAGGCGCGGCUCUUCUCGCGGACGAGGAGGCCCAGCGCGGGGGGUGCGGCUGGCUUGGGGGACAUGGUGUUCGUGCGGAUACGGGUGCGGGUGCAGGAAGGCGAGGCGGGAUGGAGAGUGUCGGAAGGCGUUCAGGGGGUGGGUCAAGUUGUCGGGGUGAAUGA